UCUCCUGCCCCUCCCUCACGCUGUAAUUCUUCCCCUCUCCUUCAGCUGUGAGCUGAACUAGUUGUGGUGACUCCCUGGGAGAGAAUCCAGCUCAGAUUGCUAAACCACAGUGUGUUAACUCACUCCAUGUGUUUUGACUAUCCGUUUAGCUUUAAAGAAGUCGACAUAAUCAAGAAAUUCUAACAGUGGAGAGUAGUCUGGUGGUGGUCAUCAUAGAGCUAGAUGGUGACCAUUUUGCAGAGAAGACAAGCUACAGAAAAGUCACCAAGAGAAAAGGAACUGGCCACUGUGACAGCUACACCUGAAACCUGAAGCCUCAAAUCCCUAACCAAGAUCCUUCUGUUAUUAAUUGCAAUAAUAAGAGACUCUCUGGAAAUCUGUUGUUGUUGGGCUCUUGGACUGUAUCUGGGCUUGACAGGCAGCUGAAAGCAGGGCGCAGAACAUCUGGGAAAAGCUUUGCAGGUCUUGGUGAAGCUGGACAUCAUGUUUGACUGUGUGGAGGCUCUCGCUGUCGGGGCUGGACCCAUGUUUGACAUGUCGGCUCAGAGUUCCUGUAUGCUCAGGAAAGCAAGCUCUUUCUUUCCUGGCUUCUUGUGGAGCAACAGCACUUGCCUGCAGUCGGUGGAGACCCAGAGCACAAGCUCAGAGGAGAUGGUGCCCAGCUCUCCCUCUCCACCACCACCUCCUCGUAUCUAUAAACCUUGCUUUGUGUGUCAGGAUAAAUCUUCUGGGUAUCAUUAUGGAGUCAGCUCCUGUGAGGGGUGCAAGGGUUUCUUCCGUCGCAGUAUCCAGAAAAACAUGGUGUACACAUGCCACAGAGACAAAAACUGCCAGAUCAACAAGGUGACUCGAAACCGUUGCCAGUACUGCCGGCUGCAGAAGUGCUUUGAGGUUGGAAUGUCUAAAGAAGCAGUGCGGAAUGACAGAAAUAAGAAAAAGAUGGUCAUAAAAGAGGAGGUGUUUCAACCAGAAAGCUACGAGCUGAGCGGAGAACUUGAGGAGCUGGUCAACAAAGUCAGCAAAGCACACCGGGAAACUUUCCCCUCGCUUGGUCAGCUCGGAAAAUACACAACCAACUCCAGUGCGGAUCAUAGGGUUCAGCUAGAUCUCGGACUAUGGGAUAAAUUUAGUGAACUCUCCACCAAAUGCAUUAUAAAGAUUGUGGAGUUUGCAAAGCGUCUGCCUGGUUUUACCUCCCUUACCAUUGCCGACCAAAUUACAUUGCUGAAGUCUGCCUGCCUUGAUAUAUUGAUGCUGCGGAUUUGCACCCGCUACACUCCAGAGCAGGACACCAUGACCUUCUCGGAUGGCCUGACCCUCAACCGGACACAGAUGCAUAAUGCUGGUUUUGGCCCGCUCACUGACCUGGUGUUUGCUUUCGCUGGUCAGCUUCUGCCUCUGGAAAUGGAUGAUACAGAGACUGGACUCCUUAGCGCCAUCUGCCUCAUCUGUGGAGACCGCAUGGAUCUGGAGGAACCUCAUAAAAUUGACCAGCUGCAGGAGCCUCUGCUAGAGGCACUGAAGAUCUAUGCUCGGCGUCGACGGCCAAACAAACCUCACAUGUUUCCACGGAUGCUGAUGAAGGUCACUGACCUACGCGGUAUCAGCACUAAAGGGGCUGAGCGAGCCAUCACACUCAAGAUGGAGAUCCCAGGCCCUAUGCCUCCUCUGAUACGAGAGAUGCUGGAGAACCCAGAGGCCUUUGAGGAGAGCUCUGAUUCUGGAGACAACGCCACUGACGCCCCCCUCCCACUCCCUGCUAUUCAAGCCAUCAAACGUGAGAGGGACGAGGAUCCGGUUCUGGAGGAUGAAGAGGAUGAGGAGGAUGAGUGUGCGGAGGAGCGACGGGAGAGAGCAGGAGGCAGUGAGGAUGAGGAAUUGGGUCUGCAGCAGGUUGACAUGGGUGGACCCAGAAAGAGUUUGACAGGAAGAGCUCAGUGACUCACAAUAGGAGGAAAGCAUAUGUGGGUUAGACACAUCCCCGGAUGACAUUGUAAUUGCUGUCAGAAUUCUGAUCGGCUAUUACAAAUAGAUUUUUAUUUUGUCAUUCAAAUAAAUGAUACAUUAAUCGAUCCCAAAAUAACUUAAAAUUUGCACAUAUUGUACUAUCCCUUUACUUUACAAAAGCAAUAGAAAUGACCAAAAAAUGGACAAAAUAUAGACUACAUAUACUAGCACUGUUACUACAAAUAGUGCUCCUCUAAUAUGCACUAAAAUCUCUGACCUUGUAGUGGAGAUGGAGGUUGGAGAUUGAAAGAAAUAAUGGAAAAGAAUGGACGUUAGCUACUGUGCCAUAUUGAGACCAUCUCGGGAAGCUCCUUUUUAUAUCCCUUUGUUUGAACUUCUAAUAUCUGGAGAUACCAAGUACUUGAGAAUGCAUCCCCAAGGCCUUGUUCUUUAGGGGAAACAUUUGAUGACAUGGAUUAUACAUACGCAUUUGGAAAUGAAUGAGAAAUUUAAAAAAGUCAACAACAAAGUAAAUGGUUGAAACUUUUCUGAACUGACAUUACAUAGCUCUUGAAAUUGAACUCUCGUCAGUUGAAUUUCUGUGGUACGAAAGCCGUUAUAUAUAAUUAAUUUUGUUUAUGCAUAUUUUGUCCUAUAUGAUGUGCCUUUUUACCAAACACUCCUAAAUGUUUGACUAAAUUAAUGCUCUGGCGGAAACCCUUUUGUCCAUUCAAAUGUUUGCCUUUUAUCACAUUUAUGGUACAUUAGAGCAUUAGAAGUAAUAGUGUAAACUCAUCUGAGGUAUGUAGCCCAUACAUUAAUCUAUACCAGGUUAUAGCUCUCAGGGCAGAUCGAGGACCAAAGAUAUCUCAGCAUACACUUUUUCCACAUACAUUAUACUGUACAUUAUUUAUAAAUUGUUGUAAACUAGCAUAAACAAGAUGAAAAGCUGAAAUGAAAUAUUUGCUAUGGGAAAGACAUGAUUAGGUACUCAUAGUGAUAAUACAUAUGAGAUGAGCAUCUAAGCAUAUGCAUAAACGUUUACAUACGUCGUUAUAUGAUACAGUGUUACCAGAACAAACAAAAUCAUCAUAAGCUCAUGUUUGCUCCACUAACAUUUCAAUUGGAAUAUAGAGGCAGCACAGGACGAAUUGUAGGGAUUAAGCCAUACUGUGUAACAUUAUUUUUUAUGCAGACUUGUACUUUUUUGAUUGAUUUCCCCAAAACUAUUUUCAGCAAUACAGUAUAACAAAAAGUUAUUUUUUAAAACAUUGUCCAUCUGAAUAUGCAAACAUUCAUGUCAAAAUGAAAUGCUAUUUUAUUUAUUGCAUAUUUAUAAAAGAAGAAUAAAAUAAAAUACAUACAUACGUAGUUUAACACUCAAUCGACAAACUUAAUAUUUUUCAUUGGUCUAUAGUUUGCAUAAACCAAUGGUAUGCAUGAUUGGUUUAUAGUAAUAAUAGGUAAUAGUAUUUAGUAUGCCAGAUUAUAGCAUCACUGUAAUAAAUGUAUGACCUCUCCAACUCAAAAAAUUCAUUUGGUACAUUUUUGAGUUUUACAGUGAUUGUAUGCUGGAUGAAUCUGUUGUUGUCAUAAAGCAAUGUGCCUGCACUGAUCCAGAUAUGUGACAGGGUAGACAUGACAUUCAGGACCAUUGUUAUUAUGUUGCAAUGUGAUUAUUAAUUCAAGUGACAUGAAGUUCACUUUUCAAGACUCUAUACUUCCACGUCUAAAUCCAUGUGUCCACAGAGGCGAUUACGCCUGCGACCGGAGUGUUUUUCAAUUGUUUUCAAAGGUAACGCCGCGCUAUAAAAAAAAGCCAUCAGUUGACAAUUCUUUUGGCGCUUUGUGCUGGUGCUAUGCGUUUUUCCCACGAUCGGCGCCAACGUUCAACUGAGCUCCCAGAGUUGAAAAAUUUUCAGCGGAUGUUUUCAGGCAAGCUCCUGACGUUUUCAGCCGCGUAAAUGCGCCUCGGUGGACACAGCCCCAAAGCUUGAUUAUAUUUGCAGAAUUGAUGGACAGAACCUAACAUAUAGGUUUAGUCGGCAAGUCUUUACCAAGUUUACCAAAGCAAGGCAUGUUGUUUAUGUGACCACAAAUGUGUGCAUGUUCCAAAAACAUUUACAAAAUCAUGUGAGAACCAAGGGAACACAUAUUGCUGGAAUUUACAUAUAAAAUCCUCUCUAGAAUUGCAUUACCCCUUUAAUGUCAGUAGAAACCCAUAGAUAUAGCAAUCCAUGGCAAAGUGUCAUUGUUUUUCCAUUCUUUGUAAAUUGUGUUGUGUUUUUUUAUGAAGAAAGUUAUUAUGAUGGCUAUAAGAUCUGUGUAUAUGACCAGCUGCGAGUUGUUUUGGAAUUUAAACAUAGGAAACAUUUUAAUUUUUAUUUCCAUUUAAAGGAUUAUUGUUAAGGACAACACAUAUGAUUUGUUUUAUGAUUCAAAUGCAUUUUUUAUUAGUUUUUUUUUUUACUUCAUUUUUUUAUAUGUUGUGGGGAGGGGGGAUUCCUUAUAUAUGGAUUUAAUCGUUGGCACCAUUUCCAUGCUUGUCUCAUUUUACCCUUUUCAUCUAGCGUUUCUGUUAGCUUUGUGCCUGUGGUAGAUCGCUUUGCACAAUUCUUAUGGAAACUAUUACAAGCAUUUGACAUGUCCAACUGAAGACUAUUAAGAUACCAGUGGUAUUUAUAGCGUGUCCAUGUCACAACCUUACUUUGUUGAUACUUUCUUGUGUUUUGUAUUUUUGUGUUUUGAUUUUAUAAAUAAAUUGCUAAUCAAACUCUG